AUGCUUCUACGAAAUCCAGUAAAAUCUCCAAAAGUAUCGAUCUUUUGUAAGGUACAAUUGCUCUCAGCGAUUGCAGAAACAAUAAAUGAUUACUCUAAUUUCAUCUCAAUCCUUGGAGCUUGCAAGACGACGGAGCAAUUCAAGAAACUUCAUUCCCAAAGCAUUACGAGAGGUUUAGAACGAAACCCAACAGUCCAAAAGAAGCUUUUGGUUUUCUGGUGUAGUCGUUUAAGUGGCGAAAUGGGUUAUGCUUGUAAGCUGUUUGUGAAAAUACCUCAACCAGAUGUGGUCGUUUGGAAUAAUAUGAUUAAAGGUUGGUCGAGAGUGGAUUGUGAAAAGGAAGGAGUUGGAUUGUAUUUGAAUAUGUUGAAGGAAGGUGUGAUUCCUGAUAGUCACACGUUUCCUUUCUUGUUGAACGGUCUUAAGAGGGAUGGAGCUUUGGCUUGCGGUAAGAAGCUGCAUUGUCAUGUUGCGAAAUUCGGAUUAGGUUCUAACCUUUAUGUGCAGAAUGCUCUUGUUCAAAUGUACUCUUUAUGUGGACUAAUGGAUAUGGCUCGUGCGGUUUUCGACAGGAGCUGCAAAGAGGAUGUGUUUUCUUGGAACUUGAUGAUCUCUGGGUAUAAUAAGAUGAAACAGUAUGAAGAAAGCGUAGAGCUUUUCGCGGAGAUGGAGAGAAACUUGGUUUUUCCAACUUCUGUAACCUUGCUUCUUGUUCUCUCCGCUUGUUCCAAGGUAAGGGAUAAAGAUCUCUGUAAAAGGGUUCAUGGGUAUGUUGAUGAGUUUAUGAGAGAACCCAGUUUGAAAUUGGAGAAUGCUUUGGUCAAUACGUAUGCUGCGUGCGGGGAAAUGGAUAUAGCAGUAAGGAUUUUCAGGAGUAUGAAGACAAGGGAUGUGAUUUCUUGGACAUCUAUUGUGAAAGGGUUUGUUGAGAUGGGGAAUCUAGAAUUGGCAAGGACAUAUUUUGAUCAGAUGCCAGUGAGAGACAGAAUUUCGUGGACUAUUAUGAUCGAUGGUUAUCUACGAGCUGAUUGCUUUAAUGAAUCUUUAGAAAUUUUCCGUGAGAUGCAAAAUGCAGGCAUGAUACCCGAUGAAUUUACCAUGGUUAGUGUUCUCGCAGCUUGUGCUCAUCUGGGUGCCUUGGAGAUAGGUGAAUGGGUCAAAACAUACAUAGACAAAAACAAGAUCAAGAACGAUGUUGUCGUGGGGAAUGCUUUGAUUGAUAUGUAUUUUAAAUGUGGGUGUUCUGAAAAAGCACAGAAGGUUUUCCAUGAAAUGGGUCAGAGAGACAAAUUCACAUGGACAGCCAUGGUUGUUGGUCUUGCCAACAAUGGACAAGGUCAAGAGGCGAUUAAAGUUUUCUUUCAAAUGCAAGAGAUGUCAAUACAACCAGAUGAGAUUACGUAUCUCGGUGUCCUCUCUGCCUGUAACCAUAGUUGUAUGGUAGACCAAGCAAGGACAUUUUUCGCCAAGAUGAGAAGCGACCAUGGAAUUGAGCCGAGUUUAGCACACUAUGGAUGUAUGGUUGAUCUGCUUGGUCGAGCUGGGCAGGUCAAGGAAGCGUAUGAGAUAAUAAGUAGUAUGCCAGUGAAACCAAACUCGAUUGUGUGGGGAGCUCUACUUGGUGCUUGUAGACUUCAUAAUGAUGAACCAAUGGCUGAAUUGGCAGCUAAAAAAAUUCUUGAGUUGGAACCUGAUAACGGGGCUGUUUAUGCUUUGCUAUGCAAUAUAUAUGCAGCUUGCGAAAGAUGGGAGGACUUGCGAGAAGUGAGAAGAAAGAUGAUGGACAUAGCAACGAAGAAGACACCAGGCUUUAGUUUAAUUGAGAUAGACGGUGUUGCUAACGAAUUUGUUGCUGGAGACAAAUCACAUCCUCAAUCUAAAGAGCUUUACAUGAAACUAGAAGAAUUAGCUCAAGAGUCGACAUUUGCUGGGCACUUGCCUUAUACUUUUGAAUUAUUGCUCGAGGCUGGGAACAAACAGCUGGAAGAUCACUCUUUAGGCAAGCAUCUGGUGGACCAAUCCCGUAGAAGGCAGAAUCUGGUUUCACGAAGUGGCAAUGUACAGACUGAGAUUCGCCCUCUGACCGGGCGGGGUAUGAGCACUUAA